GUGAAUGAAAUGGGUGGUACAAAGUCUAUAAUUUGCAAUGAGAUUGCUACCUAAAUUCAAAUGCUUGGAUCACGUGUUCACAUAUACCAGGUAAGGUUAACACUCUGGCAGACAUGGCGUCACGCUUGGUUAACGACAGGCAUGAAUGGAAACUUGAUGAACGUAUUUUCCAACAGUUGUGUAAAGUGUUUGGUACACCAGUUAUUGACUUGUUUGCUUCUAGGCUUAAUAAGCAAGUACCUUCUUAUUGCUCCUGGAAACCAGACCCGGGGGCAACACAUUUGGAUGCAUUCUCCUUAAGUUGGGCAAGUUUCAAGCUCUCUUACAUAUUUCCACCAUUUUCAUUAAUUGCUAGGUGCCUGCAGAAGUUGAAAGCAGAAGGAGCGAGAGUGUGGAUGGUUGUUCCCCUGUGGCUAUCACAACCAUGGAUGGGCACAUUGCUCGGGAUGCUCAUCGAUUACCCUCGCCUCAUUACGCAGAAGAAAGCGGUGCUCGUACACCCGUCAUCAGGGGAGGAGCACCCGAUCAUGCGCCACAAACAACUGAUGGCGUGCUUACUUUCAGGGAGCACUCUUGGAAACCAGGUACCGAGAAACAAUACCGACCGCACCUUAAGAGAUGGACACAAUUUUGUGAUAAAUGGAACGUUAGUCCCUUUAAUCCCACUGUCUCAAACAUUAUAAAUUUUUUGUCUGAAACUUUUAACAGGAAUGUGGGUUAUGAAACCAUCAACACGGCAAGAAGUGCUCUCUCGUCAUUAGGCAUUGUGGUGAAUGGCUGCAGAGCGGGUAAUCACCCCUUGGUCCUCAGGUUCAUGAAAGGAGUAUUUAAUUUGCGACCACCCUUACCUAGAUACACGGAAACAUGGGACGUUCAACCAGUUCUGAGGGAAUUGAAAUCUAUGUACCCAUUGCAUACACUAACCCUUAGGGAUAUGACAUUUAAACUUGUUAUGUUAAUGGCACUGACCCAAGCUGCAAGAGUUCAAACUUUACAUCUUUUGGUUAAAAAUGGCAUUCGCAUAGAGCAAGAUUCUAUUUCAGUUCAGUUAAUGGGUAACGUUAAGCAGUGCAGGCCCACGUUUAAUGUCCGUUCAGUUAAGUUUCAAGCCUAUUCCAGGGACACUAGUUUAUGUGUAUGUGUUACAUUACAGCAUUACCUAGCAAGAACGGAGGAGCUCAGACGGGGGCUUUCCCAAGAUGAUGAUGGAUUACUCCUCAGCUACGUUAGGCCACACAAGUCUGUCACUAAGGACACCAUUGCCCGGUGGGUUAAGGCAAUGCUUCAAAGGUCGGGAGUAGACACAACCAAGUUUACAGCGGGUAGUGUUAGGUCAGCGGCAGUAUCAAAGGCCAAGGCUAUGGCAGUACCUAUUGCUUCUAUUAUGUCUAAAGCAGGAUGGACACAGGAAAGUACAUUUGCAAAAUUUUAUGACAAGCACAUUGUGCCAGAAGUGGACCCGUUUCAGGAGGCCGUGCUCGUGUAGCUCCUGUAACAUUUUUUUUUUUGGGGGGGUACUGUUCUUUACUUACUUUGGGAUGCCAUAUGGUUAGGACACAGUGUGGAUAUGGACAGGGACUCACUGCCAUUAUGCAGGGUUAUGCAUAUGUGAAUUAUAUUUUGGGUUUGGUUAUUAUGCAUUAUAUGCAACGUUGGGGAAAGGUUAUGCUGUAAGGGCAAUUAUGUAUCAUGUAGGGUAGGCGGUGGCCGAAGUGGUAGCGUACUGGGCUCACAUUCACCGCGUGAUGGACGACGCAGGUUCGAAUCCCCACGCUACCACUCGGAUUUUUCAGUCACCGCCGAGUGGCUUAAAACUACCCGCAUGCUGUCCUGAAGA